UCAUGAAAAUAGCUCAUAAAUUACACCAAAUAAAGUAUUUUAAAAAUGGGUUCAGGGGUAUAGUGAUGGUAGAGGAAUAUAAUAUAGAUUGUACAGCUUAAAAAUCAAUACAUCAAUGAAAAGUCCCCAUAAAGAUAGCAGCACAAGUGUGAUUGAGGACGGAUGUGUGUAUGUGCCUGUAUAAAAAAUAUGGUAAAAGAUAGCUAACACAAAUAUGAAUCAGUCUUAAAAAGCUACUCAAUGUUGUGCUUUUUUCUGUCUAUUCUGAUUCUGGUGGUGUUUAGCCGAUUGGUUUGUUGGGGGUUAGAGAAAGAGCGGGAGAGAAAGUGAGUGACAGAGCGGGGGUUGGAGCUCAUUGUGAGCAGCAGUGAGUUAAUCUCUUUAGCGGCACACGUCUUAUGUAAAGAGGUGUAAUGGUCUCUGCCUCUUCUUGCCCCCAAGGGUCUUUGGGGGGACACCAGGGUUCAGUAUCCCAGCAACAUUUACAUGACGGUUAUUCCAAAAAAAAAAAAGAUAUGGAGGGGGAAAAAAACUCUGAAUGGUAAUAAGAUCCGCCCCCUUUGCAUGGUAGACUCUUGUCUACAUCGCAGUCUACAGAGUAUUCAGUGGUUCAGUCAAGGACAAACACAUUCUGACUCCUCGCAAAGAGGAAAUACCAAGGAGAUUUGAUUCCAAUUUGACAAAUGCUGCUCAUGUGGAUUUAUUUGUUCCAAGAGUUUCCCAGUUGGGAAUAAGAAGGAUCUCCACACAAGGCUAUGAAUACAUCAGACCUUCCUCCAUCAUUAAAAUUCUGUAAUUACACACCUGCCACUACCAAGACCACCACCUGCUUUCUCCAGAUGUCCCAGGCAACAUGGGUAGUGUGAGCAGUUUGAUAUCAGGCCAUAGCCUCCACAGCAAACACUGCAAAGCUUCUGAAAACAAACUCAAAAAGGGGCUUCAGUCUAAGAAAACAGGCCAUAGUUUGGAUGGGCUUCUGAAGUAUGGCUUCGCUCAGGACCAUUGCAACACCAACAACAACUCAAAAGUCAGCUAUGACUCAGGCAAAAACGAUGACUUCUAUUACAUCAAGGUCAGCAACAAGCCCCGAGCUGUUCAACUAAACAUAAAUACAACUGAAGACAGUCGAGGAAGAGCAGCUGAGCAGCUUCCGCUGUCUGGAAAACUAGAAAAGAGUAUAGAGACUGCUUUGAUCAGACCCACUGCCUUCAAACCUGUUCUUCCACGAAGCAGCAGCUCCUCUGUGGAAACUCAUAACAACUUGAGCACAAUCCUGGGAAGGAGAAUUAGUCCCAUAGAUAGACUCAAAGAUCUUCAGGACCCUAAGCUGGAGACAAAUUCAGGAACAUUCUCUGACUCUGGAAGGAACUCUAUGUCCAGCCUGCCCACCCACAGUACCAGUGGCAGCAGCCAGAUGGACAACCUAGGCACUUCAACUAACCACAUGGCACGCCAUGGAGGCCUUGCUCAAAACACAGACACAUCUCAAAACCCACAGGGGGGAAUAGCAGGGAUGAAUGGCAAUUCUGGAUUCAGUUGGAUGAGUAGUGGGACAAAUGGAAACAUGUGGUCCAAUGGAUUUAGCGAAACAAACAGAAAUUGUGAGUCCACAAAUGGCAACACAAGAUCCAUCGGCGUCCUCAGUGAAAGUGUGGCAGCUGCGAUAAGUUUAAACAGAGAAAUAACUGCUGCAGCACUGACAGUUUUAUCUACAGAGCCAAAGACCGAUUUCACUGGAAAUCAAGAGCAGCUUCUGGAACACAGGUUUACCUUUUCAGAACAAAGCUCAAAAAAACCCUCACCUUCUGAGGGCUGUGUUCGAUCACCAAUUUCAAUGGAUGAAUCGCUCAUACAGCAACUCGAGCAGAAACUUCUGGAACGUGAAUCUGAGUUGGCAGAGUUACAGACAAGUCUUGAGGAAAAAGAGACAGACACAUGCCAGCUAUUUGAGGAGAAGCAACGCUACUGUGCAGAGGAGAUGGAGGGGCUAAAACAACGCUGUUCUACAAAACUUCGUCAAGUGUCCCAAAGGGCUGUGAAAGCCCAACAGUUAUUGCAGCUUCAGGUGAUACAACUUCAGCAGGACAAGGAUCGUCUGCAGGAGGAGGUGGACCAGCUUAAUCGUGACAGGGACACUGCAGAAAGCAGAAUCCGAAUCUAUGAAAGCCAGAAAAAUCUUGUACCCACAUUAGAGGAGACGCAGUGGGAGGUGUGCCAGAAGUCAGGUGAGAUUUCUCUGCUAAAGCAACAACUCAGGGACUCUCAGACUGAUGCUGGGAAUAAACUCAGUGAGAUUGUCACUCUCAAAGCUUCUCUGAAGGAGUCCAGAUGCAAAAUGGAAGAACUGGAACAGAAAAUCAAAGAGUGUGAGGAAACUCUUCAUCAACGGAGUGCCGAGGUUGAGGUGUCUAAGAACGAGUUUCAAAGAAAGAAGAAUGAGGCUGAUCUCCUCAGGGAGAAGGUGAACAAGCUGGAAACAGACAUCAAGGGCAUGAAACAGGACCUUCACAUGGCCAAAGAGGAGCAACAGCAGCUAAUGGCCAUGAGGGCCAAGGUUGAGGAGCAACAGCUGCAGCUGCAGAUAAGCCAAGCACGGAUGGAGGCCUUUGGGUCUGGUCAUGCCAAAUCGAUUGCCCAGGAGGGAACAGGUGCCUGUAAAACACUGAACCAUAAUGGAGCAACCAUAAACCUGGAUAACUUGCAGAAGGAGGUUGAAAAGCUAAGAGGAGAACUGAAGGAAGAGAAGCAAAAGAAGCACAAGAUGAUGAAUAGCUUUCAGCAGGAGAGACAAACAUGGAAUAAAGAAAAGGACAAAGUAAUCAGAUACCAAAAACAGUUGCAAUACAAUUACCUGCAGAUGUACAGAAAGAACAGAGACCUGGAGAAGAUUCUGAAGGAGUUGACUGCUGAGAUGGACAAAAGGACAGAGUUGGAUAUGGACAGCCAUAGUGCUGACCUGAACUUUGAUAAAAUUGUAGCUACAGAGAUAUGAUGUCAUAGAGGAUGAGUGUUUUCACAAAUUGUCUUCAAAGACUGAAUACACAAAGCAAGAUUUGAGAGGCCAAGAAGUCAGGAGAUGCUUGAAACUAAAAAUUAUAAUAUUCUUUGUACAGACCAUGAAAAGCUUUUCUUCUUUUAGAUCUAUCACGUCAUUUGGAUAGAGGUCUUCACAGGUCCAAUUGUAUCCGAAAACCCAAGGUCCCACCUGAGACCCACAUUUGCUCAGGUCCAAAACUUUGUAGAGUGCCUUGGCCAUGGGUUGUUUUCAGUAUUUUCAUUAAAAAAUAUAAAUGGUUCUAUACGGACCCAAUAAAACCCAAAAUGUUAUUAGAUGCAAUGACAUACCAGGGUGUAAUUUGCACGUUCCUGUGGACGCAUUUUUGAGAACAGUAAGAAACAUUUGGGACGUCAAACACAAAAAUCCAUCUUAAGAAAUGAUAUUGAUCAAGAAAUCACACUCGCUUCAUUAUGCAAGGUCAUACAAGGUAUUUAUUUAUUGGCAGAGUUGAGUUAAAUAGUAUUUACAGAUGACACUGGCAAAUCCUUGAUUCAGCAGAGCUGUUGAAAAAAUAACUGUCAACUGGUCAACAAUUGCAAGUAGUUGAAGAAAAAAUGUGUAUCUUUGAGACUGGAAAUAAUAAGUAACCUUGGCUAUAAGGCCGCAGACUGUACACAUCUCAAUGCUGUUUAUGUUAAGGUCCAAUUGGGUUCUAAAAAAAUGGCAUCAGAUCUGUAUGAACUUUGAGGGAAAAAUUGCUUGUUCUUUUAAAAGAUAAUUUCACCCAUUUGGUUUCAGGUAAGACAUCAUUCUGGUUGAAUACUUAUUUUAGAAGACCUCUACAGUGUGAUAUCAACCAUUUGCAUUUCUUUAGAAGUUCCUUGGUUAAGGUACAUUAAACAAUUGAAUGAUGUUCAGUAAAUAUUGUUUACUAUUUAACAGAUCUCACUGACUUGGUGCUUACUAUAAUAUCACAUCUAUGACUGUUGUCACAAAAAAUCGUUAAUUCUGCAUUGACCACAGUUUUCUGUCUGUCAGCCAUUUUAUGCAUUUGCAUAAGGACAGCCCAUAUAUAGUUAACAAGUGUCUAAGAGAGUUACAGCAAAUAAUUCAAGUCAAGAACCAUGUUCAGUUUUAUAAGCAGUUGACAACUGUCAGUUUGUAAUGCAAGGCAAACAUGAUGCUAGCGUUUAGCGCUUUGAUCUCUGAUUUCAUUGGUCUCAACAUUACAACUAGGGGCGUUAAUAUUUAAAAGAGGGCGUGUUCAAUUUAAUGAUUAAAUUUGUAAAAGUUGUUUACAGCACCUUUAUUACUCAACCAAAUGCUUUACCUCUACAUAAUCUCAAAUAUCCAGCUUUUCUUGCCUGAACAGUAUGAAUUGUAUGGCCUCACUGCUGGGUUGGCGGAGUGAUGUGAAUGUUUUCUUUGCUGUAAUUGCUAAUUUUGCACUGUCUCUUUCUUAUAAAUGACAAUAAUCCUUAUCACUGAUGUCACAGCAGACAGGCUCAUAGAAACACGUUUUGUAUACAAGGAUAUGGUAGCUUGUAGAAUAAAAUGUUACAAUUGUAAAUGCACUGUUCACAAAUUGUUUAUUUAAAGUAUUUCAUACAUCAUUGGCAGCUUAUAAACUGGGCACUGUACCAUUGCUGUACUUUCAACUUUGAAACCUAGAUAUUGUACAAUUUGGUUGGUAGUCUGGUAGAUGGUAUGAUUGUGAAUGAAAAUGGCAAUACUACUAUCCACGGACACAAUAUUUUAAAUAAAAAACAAAUAUGUUUCACAUAUUUAAAACAGCACAUUUGUAAUAGAGUAACAGCAUUUUGAAAACUGUACAAUUAUCAACUAGGCACAAAAAUAAAAACACUAAACUAUAUGAAUGUCAUAUAUCUUUUGCAUUAAAAUUAGAUGUGAAACACAUGCUUAAUCAUGCCUUUAGCUGAACAUUUUCUUCUAAUAAGCAUAAAUAAAAUUUAAGACUACAACCGCAUGAUUUUAAAAGUAAAGAAACUAGGGUUUAAGUUACUGGACAACAGUGAUCUGCUAUAUUUUACUUUUACAGUAAAAAGAACUCUUGAAUUUUUUAUUUCUUCAAAAUGCUCCACAAAACAGUAUAAAAAUACACUGUACACAUGUUUUUCAGUAGAAAAAUAUGAUAACAGAUUCCUCUGCCCUAAUUUAUAGCACUUAAUCCCUAAAGACACAUAUGUAAUACUAUACAAUACUAUACUUAACGCUUCACAGGGCAGUUUUUCCCUAAAAUUGCUUUUGGAAAGGCUGAGGUGAGACAGCAGUGAGACUGUUUCUGUUUAUCAUUGUUCUAUCAUGUGAAAUUGUCCAAAAUUCUGCCUUGUAAACUGUCUUCCUAAGAGCUUCCGGAAGUCUUAAUUCCAUGAGAAGAGUUUGAUAAUCAUAUUAUUGAUGGGCAGGGUGGCUGUGUGGCGUAAGGCUGUCUGUAGGUACAUCUGAAUGCUUGUAUAUUUGUUAUUUAUUGUCUUAUUUUUUAUUAAAUAAAUUAAGGUUUGUUUCUGAA